AUCGGAUAUCAAAUCAGAAAGGGCUGUGAUCACUUCACUUAUGCUACUCACAUUCCCCGCCGUUUUCCUGCUAUUUUUUACAAACGUUCAGACCAUGUGGUUGGCCAGCGCAUCAGGAGAAUCUGCCAAAAUGCUCCGGAAAGUUCGCGAGAUGUUUUAUUUUGGAUACGAUAAUUACAUGAAGUAUGCGUAUCCAGAAGAUGAACUCGACCCCGUUCAUUGUCGGGGACGGGGUCAUGACUUCACUGAUCGAACCAACAUCAACAUUAAUGAUGUACUUGGAAAUUACCAACUUACACUCGUGGAUUCGCUUGAUUCACUUGCUGUUUUUGGUAACGCAACCGAAUUUAAAAGGGCCGUGAAUUUGAUUACCAAGUCAUUGUCUUUUAACAAAGACACCAUAGUGCAAGUAUUUGAGGCAAAUAUAAGGAUCGUCGGGGGGUUACUAUCGGCUCACUUACUUAUUACUGACCCUCACAAGAGAUUCGGGGAACUGCGGCCGGAGAAUUAUAAUGAUGAGCUUCUUUAUCUCGCAAAAAAUCUGUCUGACAGACUCCUUAUUGCGUUCAAAGGAUCACCAACUGGUAUUCCAUUUCCCAGAAUUCAUUUGGGCUGGAGGUCGGUUGAGACACUGGGAAAGCAGCAUUCCUGUCUGGCUGGUGCUGGAACCCUUCUCUUGGAAAUGGGUACCCUCAGCCUGCUUCUACAGGAACCGCUUUAUGCAAGUCUAGCACGUAAGGCUAUCAUCAGUUUGUGGAACCAUCGUUCUCGGUCUACGGGCCUCCUUGGCACUGAUAUUAACGUCUAUACAGGCCAGUGGAUCAAUCCGACUUCGGGCGUCGGUGCCGGGCAAGAUUCUUUCUAUGAAUAUCUGUUAAAAGGGGGAAUACUUUUUGGUGACACGGAACUGAGCCAAAUAUUUGAAGAAGUUUUGGGUAGCAUGCGGCUUAGGUUGCGUGGAAAUUCUUCGGCGAAUAACUGCGUGAGCUCAAAUGGCUACCCAUCAGUCUACUGGAAUAUUAACAUGUUCACCGGAGAAUUAGCCAACUAUUGGGUUGAUACACUACAAUCAGUCUGGCCCGGGAUCCUCGCCAUGAAUGGCGAGCUCCAGGACGCUAAAUGUCAGUAUGAGCUCCAUCUGUCAAUCUGGAAACGUUUCGGUUUGCCUCCUGAGCGUUUCAACAUUUUUUUGAAUAAACCGGAACUCGCAUUUUUUCCCCUUCGCCCCGAAUUCGCUGAAUCCACGUAUUACUUGUAUCGGGCGACCAAGGAUCCGGUUUACCGCACUAUCGGAGCCAUGAUAGUUAACAAUCUCGAUCAGUAUGCCCGUGCCAAAUGUGGCUUUGCCACGAUUCAUGAUGUUAAAGACAUGAGUCAUGAAGAUCGUAUGGAGAGUUUUUUCCUGAGUGAAACUCUUAAGUACCUCUACCUCCUCUUCGAUGAAACCCAUCCACUGAACGUGUUUGAAGAAGACUACCUUUUCACGACACAGGCCCACAUUCUUCCUAUCAGUCGCCUCCGUCAGCUCGCCAAAACUCUUCCAAAUAGUCCAUUUAAGGAUGCGCAGUUUGUGCGAAAGCCAGCAUCAGUAGGUGACUUGGCACCUAAAUACUUCACAAAUCAAUUACUAUUACCUUUCUUAAGCUGUUGA